AUGGCCGUUCAACCCGCAGCGGGCCUAAGAGAACACCAGUCGAGAGUGAUAGGCGCUCUCCUGGGCGUCCACGCGGGCGACUCCCUCGGCGCCAGCGUCGAGUUCCAGUCGCACGCGCAGAUACGCAGACGCUACCCCAACGGCCUGGCCGACAUCAUCGGCGGCGGACACUUGUCGUGGCCCGCGGGCCACGCCACCGCCGACACCGACAUGACGCGCGGCGUGCUGCUCGCGUACCGCGCCGCCCGACGCAACCCCCGCCAGGACGUCGCCGUGCUGGCUGGAAACAACUUCCUCGCCUGGUACAGGGGCGACUGGCCGGGCAGGAGACCCGGCUCGCAGCCCGUGGACAUGGGAGGCGCGACGAGGAAAGGCCUGGACACAUUCGCCGUGACGCGGGAUCCCGAGCGCAGCGGCGCAGGCAGCGGGAGCGCCGGCAACGGCAGUCUGAUGCGGUGCCUGCCCACGGGGCUGUUCCAACAGGACCCGAAACUCCUGGUGAGUGAGAGCAUGCGCAUCAGCAGGAUCACGCACGACGACGCGAGGUGCACCGUCUCGUGCGCCGUGUACAAUCGCAUCGCGGCCGCCUUGGUGCGAGGCACGGACCCCGAUCGCGCCGUCGACCUCGGGCUCGCCAUGGCGGCCGGGCUCGAGGGCCCCAAACAGCGCGGAGGCGUCUUUGAGGCCGUCGAGCUGGGCACGCGGUUGAGCGUCGAGCGCAUGGCGAGCGAGGGCCCCGACCCGACCGAGUUGAGGGGGAGAUGUGGCGGCUCCGUGCUGGAGACGCUGGCCGUGGCUGUUGCCGCCGUCCUCGACAGGAGGCGCCUGGAGGACGUCCUGGUGGACGUCGUGAGGAUCGGGAGCGACGCGGACACGAACGCCGCCGUGGCCGGGGGCUUGCUGGGUGCGAGGGAUGGCGCUGCCGCUAUUCCCGCGAGGUGGAGGGCGCUGCUGCAGUUUGGCGGCGAGUUUGCUAGGAUUGCGACCGAGUUGACGUAG